GAAAUUUGACAGGGGUUAAGCAAAUUAAGAAGAGUAAAAGUUGGGCUGUAGUCAAGAGAAAGAAAUACAGAGAACUAACUGAAAUGGCUGCCAUUCAUCCCAACAAGACCAGCACUCGCUAUGUAAGCUCUCGCUAUAACGGAUGGACACUUCCUCCUCAUGGGUAUCAAAUCAUUGCCUGGGUUAUCGAAAUCUACUUCCUACUUAUAAACUUUGCAAUGAUUAUUCCUUCGCUUUCACAACAAUUGCAAGCCACAUUUUAUGUGAUAAACGGCUUGGCGAGCACUGUGUACAUGGUGUGUGUCAUUGUUGUCACGACUAUCAACCCAGCGGAUGAGGCCAUAUUGAAGAAAUCCGUCCAGCAGACAUUGGCCGACUUUGACAGCAGCAAACACAAGCACGUAAUUGAGAACCACUACUGCAAUCUGUGUGAAGUACAUGUUGCUGAGAACACAAAACAUUGCAGAAUAUGCAACAAGUGUGUUUCAGACUGCGACCAUCAUUGCAAGUGGAUCAACAAUUGCAUCGGCAGUCGAAAUUACCUAUGGUUCAUCAUGUCGCUGGCUAGUGCUGUGAUUUCAAUUUGUCUGAUUUUGUGUAUGUCCUUAGCCCAGUUUAUUGGCUACUUUACCGAUCGGACGAGUGGCAGAAUACUGAAAACAUACAAAGGGAACGGAUCCGACGAUGCUGUCUUUUUUAUCAUUUACCAACCAGUACCAGACUGGCUGUGGAUGACAUUUCAGUCUGUCACCAUAUUGUUGGCCACCAUAGGUGUCUCUUUGUUGACGGCUCUCCUCUCUUGCCAUUUCUACUAUGGCUGUAUUUACGACUGUAUUCAUGCACGAAAGCCAGAAGUCCAAGAAGGAGGAGCCCAAAAAGAGAAACUGAAAUGCCAGACGUUAAGAAAGAAAUGGACCAAUAUUUUCAAAGUGAAUCGUGUCAAUCCUUAUAAAGAAACAACCAUACCAGAUAUUGAAAACAAAUUAUUACAAAGUGCCAAUGACAUAAAACAAAUUGAGGAGUCGGCUGAAGAAACACCAUCACCAGCUGCAAGUGCAGGGAACACAAAGUAAAAAUUGAGUGAAGCAAGCAUUACAGCAGUUUACAUAACCAGAGGAGAAAGAUUCAGACAAUCAUUGAUCAAAAAUAUUUUUUAAUAAAGAGAUAAUCACUA